AUCAAGCUCAUCAGAUGAAGCAAUGACUACCUCGCACGAUGCACACGAUAUGAAAAAUACAACAUUUUUUCUCGAUAGUUUAAUGGGCAACUAUGAUAGACGAUUACGUCCAAACUUUGACGGUCCACCGACAGUCAUUUAUAUUGAUAUUCACAUAAGUCGAUUUGAUAGUGUUCAUGAAAUGACCAUGGACUUUGGAAUGACAGUACUAUUACGAAUGCGUUGGAAUGACCCACGGUUGUCUUUUAACCUGACGUCACAGCACAUACCACCAUCAUCAUUCAUGGUAGGGAAAAUAUGGAUUCCAGAUUUGUAUUUUGCAAAUGAAAAAACGGCAUACUUCCAUGACGUUACACGGGACAACAUUCUUCUUCGCUUUCAUCCGAAUGGUGAUGUACUUUUCAGUGUGAGGCUGACAUUGACCUUGGCGUGUCCAAUGAAGUUCGGUAAAUUCCCGAUGGAUAAGCAAACAUGCCAUAUGCAAAUGGAGAGCUAUGGUUACACGACGAGUGAACUUGAAUUCCAGUGGAAACCUGAUAGCCCCAUUACCAACGAUACUGCUUUCGAACUGCAACAAUUUACUGUAACCAGCCACGAGAUUGGUCGAUGUGAUAAAUCAUACUAUACAGGGGAGUUCACCUGUAUAAUGGUGAUGUUUGUACUCGGCCGGGAACUUGGUUACUACUGGUUAAUAAUUUUCAUACCAAGUUUUAUGUUGGUACUGUUAUCAUGGGUAUCAUUUUGGAUCAACCCUUUUGCAUCACCAGCACGUGUUUCGUUGUGCAUAACGUCAGUUCUCACUAUUACCACGCAAGCCAUUGGUGUACACGAAACAUUGCCUAAAGUCUCAUAUGCUACGGCCAUCGAUGUAUGGAUGGCGCUUUGUCUCAUCUUUGUUACAGCAUCACUCUUCGAGUACGCAUGCGUGAAUUAUUGUUUGCAAAGAUUUGGUAAAUACAGACUCAAGGAAGCAUUGUCAAAAGCUGGCGCUGAAAUGGCGCUUAUGAAUCUUGGGAAUGUGGAAAUACCGUUGAAUAAUCCUGUUCACCAAGGUAACGGUUUUGAUGGUAUGUCACGUGAUAUGACAGACGCAUACGACAUUGAAAAACAGCUCAAACUACACACCGAAGUGGCUCAGGCUUUGAAGAUAGAUAUCGUGUGUCGAUAUGUUUUUCCGGCGUGCUUCAUUGCUUUCAAUGUAAUAUAUUGGCCGUUAAUACUUGGGGAGUAAUGUAUCAUCUGUCUGAAACGAGACUUUGCAUCGAUUGGGAUGAUAAAUAAUAAUGUCUAAAAACAAUGAAGCAAUUACACGUACUCGUAUUUUCAUUUUAUAAAACAAAUGAGAAUAAUGUUAUUGAUUAAAAAUUUGUCAUUAUCUAUUUUAUUUCAAUUUCUCCUGUAUACAAUAUAUUCCAAACGUACGCCAUAAUCAUAAUAUGAUCAAUUCUUUAAUGAAUAAUGUAUGGUUAUGUGUUUCUAUGUUAUUGAAUAAAAUUGAAAUCUGAAUGGAUUUUCUAGACAGAA